ACACGGAACAAGAUUUUCAUAAAAAUAUAUAAGAAAAAAAGAAAACUUUUACGAAAUGAAUACACACUACAAACAAACUGAAGAAAACUGAAGUAUAUUAUUAUUGUAGGUAACCUGAUAAGCAAACCAAGGCAGCAGCAAAGAAAGAAACACACUACAACAAUAUUAAAGAUAAAUAAUAGACAACCAUUGAACGAGUGAAUGAAUGAAUGCAUGAAUGAAAAUGUCAAACUAAACCAAAGAAACUAAGAAGUGGAACAAGAUAAAAUGAAUGACAUGACAUUACAUUACAUUACAUUACUGAAUGAAUGGAUAGAAAUGGCAUAUUGAGGUUGGAGAAUACAACCACUCAGACACACUCACAUGUGAAGAUAAAAGACAAACACUAAAGUAAACAGUCACUCAAACGCACAUCAAACUGAAACUGAAACUCAAACACAAAUGCCAACAUCCACACCCACACCUACACACAACUGUAAACAAGGAAAAGGAAAUUCGAAACUGGAACAAUGUCAAAUGUUAAGAACAUAAACUAAAUAAUAAAAAAAAGACACACGCAUACAAAGAGGCCUAGAACCUACUGCUAAAAAGGCCAUUAAUAGGCUACCAAGUUGUGUGCCUGUAACAAAAACAGUGAAGUUUAUGAAAAGUGUUUUAUUCUGAUUUAAAUUAAAUAAAUGGAUUUAUAUAAAGACAAAAAAUUAAAGAGAAAACUUAAAGAAUCCCUUACAUUAUACUGGAGAGCAGUUUAUACGAAUCGAACAUUUGAUAAGCGAAUGAAGGGAGCUUAAAGCCUAGAUAAAUAGAUUAAUUCAAACAUUAUUUCAAACAAUUAUUAAUUAAAUCGUAACCAAAGAAAGUUAAGGAUAAUAGUAUCAUAAAACAUAUACACACACCACAAACCUUUCCCAAUAAACCCAAAAUUUCCUCAACAUUUUAUACAUAAAACGUUUUAUAUGGAUUCGUUAGUUGAAAACAAGUUGAACAAAAGCUUAAAGUUUUCUUCUUUACACGCUUCUGGCGUGUUUUAUACUACAACUAUCGCAACUACUACUACUAAUACUUCAAAAGCUAUUAACGCUACCACCACUUAUGCCCACAAAUCCUCGACUUCAAAUGCAACUAAUGCUGUUAAGAAUUUCAGUUUCAAUACAAAUCAUCGCCAGCUAUCUACUAAAGUUCUACUGCGAAACAUCUGCGAAAAAUUUAAACAUUGCAUAUUGACAAUUGUUCGUUUUUUGUUCUAUAUAUUUUUGAUAUUAAGCCUGACAGAUGGUUUCAAUUUGGGUACAGUAUUGGCUGUAAACGAAAUUAAAUCGAGACCAGAUUUUUUAAAUAUUUCGACAGCCUCAUCGUCCUUGCUGACAGCGUUAUCGUCUUCUCAACUGCCAGUUGAAGCUCUGAUUUUGGAAGCCAACACAAAUUUAGAUGUACACAAUUUCACCAGCAACAAAACGGCAAACAAUGGCUUUAGUAACAGUACCUACCACAAACUGCAUAGCAAUAACAACGGCAGCAGCAACAACAACAUCAUGUUUAAUACAGACACAGCAGUGCACGGGUCAACAUUUAGCAACAGCAACACAAUCAAUAGCAUCACCUCUACCCUGUCAUCACUGUCCCUCUCACCAUUGCCACCACCAGCUUCCUCCUCUUCAUCAUAUUUACAGCAUGACAACUUGUCAUCUACGCUUUACUCAUCUACAACAUUUGAGCCUGCCUCACCAUCUGCCUCGUCUGAAGCAAGCGUUGAAUUUACCAUGCCCACAGUCCACACAGUACUCGUCUGCAUUGUUCUGCUCUUUGUCAUCUUGGGUACGAUUGUCGGCAAUGUGUUGGUCUGCAUUGCCGUUUGUAUGGUACGCAAAUUACGGCGUCCCUGUAAUUAUCUGCUGGUGUCUUUGGCUUUGUCGGAUCUUUGUGUGGCUGUUUUAGUUAUGCCGAUGGCGUUGCUCUACGAAGUAUUGGAAAAGUGGAAUUUUGGCCCAGUUUUAUGUGACAUUUGGGUGUCGUUUGAUGUUCUGUGUUGUACAGCAUCCAUAUUGAAUUUGUGCGCCAUUUCAGUCGACCGUUACUUGGCCAUAACAAAACCUCUGGAGUACGGUGUCAAACGUACACCACGACGCAUGAUGUUGUGUGUGGCCUUAGUUUGGCUGGCUGCCGCAUGUAUAUCAUUACCACCGCUACUCAUACUGGGCAAUGAACACGAAGAUGAACAUGGCAAUCCAAUGUGUUCAGUUUGUCAAAAUUUUGCAUAUCAAAUUUAUGCAACGCUUGGUUCCUUUUACAUACCCCUGGCCGUAAUGCUGUUUGUGUACUAUCAGAUAUUUAGAGCAGCACGUCGCAUUGUGUUGGAGGAGAAGAGAGCACAGACGCAUUUACAGCAUGCUCUUAAUGGAACCGGCUCACCGCCCGGCCACACCGAUUUGGGUGGCAAUGGCCAACAUCGUCACAGUAGUUAUGGCAACACUUCCCUUAAUUAUUCCACCUGUGGUGGUCUCUCUGCCAGCCAGGCUGGUGGCGGUGGAGGCGGUUCGGGCUCAAGUGGUCUUCUAGGUUCGCCGCAUCAAAAGAAGUUACGCUUUCAAUUGGCCAAAGAGAAGAAGGCCUCCACUACGCUGGGCAUUAUAAUGUCUGCGUUUACCAUAUGCUGGCUGCCAUUUUUUAUUUUAGCUCUUAUACGUCCAUUUGUGGAGAACGAGACCACUCAUGUGCCACAGUCAUUAUCUUCUUUGUUCCUAUGGCUGGGUUAUGCCAACUCAUUGCUCAAUCCCAUCAUUUAUGCCACCCUAAAUCGUGACUUCCGUAAACCAUUUCAGGAAAUUCUCUACUUCCGUUGUUCUAGUCUUAAUACCAUGAUGCGUGAAAACUAUUAUCAGGAUCAGUAUGGCGAACCACCCUCGCAGCGUGUUAUGUUGGGCGAUGAAAGGCAUGGUGCCCGGGAAAGUUUUCUCUGAAAUUAGGCAUUAUAAAGGGUCGAGGUUUGGCCGGGUCGAGUUCCACAGGGUUUAAAUCCUUAAGCCCUUUAUAUUCCUAAAAACCAACACACACUUACACAACAAUUAUGCACACAUUCACACGCCUUUAAGAAAACCUAACACGAAAAGAUUUCCAAAGAUAGAAUUAAGGAUGGUGGUAAUUAAAUAGUAGUUACAUCUUCUUAACACCGCCACCAAAAAGCACUACAACUACUACUACUAUGAGUGAUGAUUAUUUUUUUAAUUUAAUUUAUUAAUUACUUUAUUGUUUAAGUUAACUAAGCAAAGCAAAAUAACUAAGUCUAAAUCUUUAGAAGUAUUUUAAUUAAGAAAGUCUAAAACUAAAAUCCUAUAAUAUAAAUAAGA